UGAAAAUAACAAGGAAGGAAAUAGACAGACCAGUCCUGAAGGCUGUUGGUGGCGAGCUGACGCAGUGAAGGACGCUUCAGAAAUAGUUUGAUAAAACGGAAUUUAAAGACAAGACAAACAUUCAUUUGGAUUCACAAUGUUCGUUUUCCUGUUUAUUCUCCUUUUGGGGACAGGAGCGGGGGUGAACUCCGAGCUUCACUCCCUGAUGUACAUCUACACGGCCUUCUCCAAACCUGUGCAGCUCCCAGGCAUCCAUGAGUUCACUGCCAUGGGUCUUUUGGACAACAGGAUGAUUGACUACUACGACAGCGUAAGUAAGGAAAAAAUUCCCAAACAGAAUUGGAUGAAAGAGCAGCUUGAUGAAGAGUAUUGGAAGAAAGGCACCCAGUCCCGGCAGAGCAAGCAGCAGUGGUUCAAGGUCAACAUUGACAUCCUGAAGGACCGAAUGAGACAGAAUGAUUCAGAUGUCCAUAUUCUUCAGUGGAUGCACGGUUGCAAGGGUGAAGUUCAACCUGACAACAGCAUAAAGUUUGUCAGUGGCAUAGACAAGUACAGCUAUGAUGGGAGCGACUUCUUGAGCUUUGACGACGAACACCAAGUGUGGGUUGCCCCGACAGAUGCGGCGAAGGAAACUAAGAGGAAGUGGGACGUUGUUUCAGUCCUGAAAGAUUACACAAAAGGAUACCUGGAGAAUGAGUGCAUUAGCUGGUUGAGCAGGUUCAGGACGUAUGGCGAAAAGCAGCUGCUCUCAGCAUCUGAACCUGAUGUGCAUCUGUUUGCAAAAACAGCCAAAUUGGACUCCAGAAUUAUUUUGACAUGCAUGGCCACAGGCUUCUAUCCCAAAGAGAUCAUCCUGCGCAUCAAAAGAGAGGGCCGCAUCCUGAACGAACAGGACGGGAUUCAGACCACUGGAGUUCGUCCAAAUGAAGACGACACCUUUCAGAGAAAAGACUUUGUGGAGAUUCUGAAGGCAGACAAGUCUGAAUACACAUGUGAAGUUAUCCAUCGAGCUUCCAAGUUGGCGAUUGAGAAGAAAUGGGAUCACGCCCUUCCUGGACCUGGACUUACAAUUGGCAUUGUGGUUCCAGUACUACUCCUUGUUGCUGGUGCGGGUGUUGGUUUGUUGCUUCUCUUGAAGCGAGGAUCUUCUCUUACAUCAGUUUCUUCUGGUAAUCCCCUCAGUCAGAGUGGCCCUAAUGGUGUGAGCACACCUCUCAUCACUCCUCCCAGCGGUGAUGCCAACAGUCAGACUGAUGACAACUCACCACUCGUCAAAACUGACUCAAACCCAUCUGUCAACAGUGGUGAUUCUGGCGUGUCCAGCGACGAAAAGAAUUCUGGGACAAGCAGAUCAAUCACCCCCGAAAGCCCCGAAGGGCUCUCCUCUCACCGCGCAGACGGCUGUUCAUCUCAGCAAAACAGCGGGGAUGCGGACCGGAGCAGCGGGCAGUCAAAGCGGAAGCGUAAGGCGGCCAGGAGCUCCAAGACCCCACCGCGAACACCCUCAAAGGGCCAAAGGAGGAACACAAUAACACCGUCAAAGGAGCGUGGGCCGUCCAAUGAGAUCACCACGUCUUAUGAUCCCUUCAGGAGGAGUGGGCCGAGGAGAAGCAGCAGACCGACCAAACAGACCAGAAAUUUUCAGUCCUCCAACAUGUGUGAUGGCAUCAGUACCAAUACGACAGGAGCGGUCAUAAAGAAAAUGGGCAGCAUUAAGACCAAGAGGCAAAUCACCGACAACAAAGAAGAAGACAGCGGGCGUGGAACGACUGCAGACGAAGACAGCAUCUCCAGCGUCAACCAGAACUUUGACGCCAAAUUGAGCCGAGCGUCGUCGCUGUACCAGGGGCCAAGCAGCGAGCUUCUCAAGGGCACCUUCCGGAUCAGUGCGUCUGGACCAAACAAGCCACGAAAAGGAGCCUUCAGAUCCACUCAGAGUGCUUGGUCCAACCAGUCUGAUGAAGACGACUCUGAUGAUGAAGAGGAAAAGGCUUCUUGCAGAGACAAGAUGGCUGCAGGAGCAGGUCUGGCAGACAUUGAUCCUAUGGCCAUCGACCAAUCGGUGGGAUUUGAGAGUAUAGGAGGUUUAUCGGGUCACAUUUCAGCUCUGAAGGAGAUGGUUGUCUUUCCACUGCUCUACCCAGAAGUCUUUGAUAAUUUUAAGAUUCAGCCUCCCAGAGGCUGUCUGUUUUAUGGCCCUCCAGGUACUGGGAAAACGCUGGUUGCUCGGGCGUUGGCCAAUGAGUGCAGCCAUGGAAACAGGAAAGUGUCUUUCUUUAUGAGGAAAGGAGCAGACUGCCUCAGCAAAUGGGUGGGGGAGUCUGAGAGGCAGCUGCGGCUGCUUUUUGAACAGGCAUAUAUGAAACGUCCGUCCAUCAUUUUCUUUGAUGAGAUAGAUGGCUUGGCUCCAGUUCGGUCCAGCAGGCAGGAUCAGAUACACAGUUCAAUCGUGUCAACACUCCUGGCUCUGAUGGACGGUUUGGACAAUCGAGGGGAGGUCGUGGUGAUUGGAGCCACAAACCGGUUGGACUCCAUCGAUCCAGCACUGCGGCGUCCUGGACGCUUCGACAGGGAGUUCCUCUUUGGCCUGCCUGACAGAGAGUCUCGCAGAGAGAUCCUGAAAAUCCACACUCGUCAGUGGAAACCUCCUCCGUCUGAAGAUUUCCUCGAGGAACUGGCUGAGAAAUGUGUUGGUUACUGCGGUGCUGACAUCAGGGCGGUGUGCACUGAGGCGGCGUUGUGCGCUCUUCGUCGCCGCUACCCGCAGAUAUACGGCACCUCUCAGAAGCUCCUGCUGGAUGUUUCCUCCAUCUCAGUCAGCAGCUGCGACUUUGUGGCAGCCAUGAGGAAGAUGUCACCUGCCUCACACCGCUCCGCUGCCUCUCCGGCCAAACCGCUGUCCCCGGUGGUUCAUGCGCUGUUGGGCACCGCCCUCCAACACAUCCUGGAGGACCUGCAGAAGUUGUUUCCACAUGCUGAACAGGGCAUGAAGAGGAAAAGAGAGCCAAAUCUGACCUCUGGUGUCUUUGAUGACGGUCUCUUGAAUGGAGGAGAUGAGGGUCCAGUGGCCUCCAACAUAUCAAAACCCUCUAUCUCACAGGGUAGAAACUUCUUACACUUUGCUCGGAGUGCUGUCAAAAACCCCACGUCUUACCGCCCGCGGAUGCUGCUGGUAGGCCGUCCUGAGUCUGGUCAAACCUCCCACCUGGCACCGGCGGUCCUGCACGCUUUGGAGCGUUUCACUGUCCACAGCCUGGACUCUGCAGUGCUGUUUGGAGUCAGCUGCACCUCCCCAGAAGAGGCCUGUGCACAGGUGUUCUGCGAGGCCAAACGGACGUCUCCCAGCAUCCUCUACAUCCCUCACAUGCAGCAGUGGUGGGAGACUGCAGGGCUGGCACUCAGGGCUUCUUUCCUCAGCUUGCUCGGCAGCAUCCCCUCCUUCUCCCCCAUUCUCCUCCUAGCUACCUGUAGCACCCCGCAUCAAGAACUGGACCCAGAGAUUCAGUGUCUUUUUCGGGAGGAAUACGGUGAAGUUUACACCAUCAGCGUCCCAACCCGUCAGGAGAGAACCAACUUCUUCCAGGAUCUAAUUCUGAACCAGGCGGCUGAGCCUCCACCGUCCAUGAAUAGAGCACAGACUAAGGCGAUGGAGAUCCUCCCCUUGGCUCCACUGCCCCUCCCUCGCCAGCUGUCAGACGAGGAGCUCCUUCGCCUGGAGGAGCAGGAGGAGGACGUGCUGAGAGAACUUCGCCUGUUCCUCCGUAACAUCACAGAGCGUCUGAUGCUGGACCGCCGCUUCAAGGCCUUCACCAAACCAGUGGACAUAGAGGAGGUUCCAGACUACCUUAUGGUGAUCAAGAGGCCCAUGGACCUCUCCACACUGCUGACCAACAUUGACGAGCACAAAUACGUCACUGUGAGUGAGUUCAUAUCAGACGCAGACCUCGUCUGGAAGAACGCUCUUGAGUACAACCCAGACAGCGACCCAAUGGACCGACACAUCCGUCAUCGUGCGUGCGCCCUGAAAGACACCAUUCGAGCCAUCAUCAAAGACGAGCUGGACGAAGACUUUGAGAGAGUCUGUGAAGAGAUCAGAGAGUCGCGUAUGAACAGAGCUCUAUCCAGUCGGACCGGCCGACAAGAGGCCAAUGGUGCCUGUAGAUCAGCGUUUUCCAGAAACAGUCCUGGAUCUCAGGCAUGUAAGAAAAAGCGUUACAAAAGACGUCGAAAAUCCAAGUGGAGCACCGGUGUCAUUAUGAAACCUAAGAAAAAGAAGCCUCCUGUCCCGGCCUCCACGUCCUCCUGCUCCUCCAUGUCCAGCAAAGCCAAUUCUGACAGCAGCACGGAUGAAAACGAAGCUGUUGAAGUCAAUGGUUUUUCUGGACCGAGCUCAUCCAGCUGGUCAGACAGCAGUGAUGGGGAGCUGUACCAAUUGUCUGCUACCAUGAAGAGGUUCUAUCGCAGCUUAAACGUUGUAUCAGGAACCCGAAAGCUCUUGAAUGGGGACAACCACAACAAGCUGCAUACUGGCAGGGCCCCGAAACAGAGGCUGAACCCCAGGCAGCAGAGGCGGCCUGCAAAAUCUCCCCCAUUCCGACAGAAGAUGCUGAAGGGAAGUCGUUUCAAGAAAUUAGAGAACUCUGGAAAGCAAGAGAAGAGAACCAAAAAGGCCACCCUGGAGCAAAUGCAGCUGUUCAGCAGUGACAGCUCUAAGGAGGUCCUAAAAAAAGGAACUCCUACGCUGGUAGUCGAUCAUAACAAACUAAAAGAUCUACUGAGCAGAGCCGUGGCUAAAACAGAGGGUGCUGAGGUGGAGCCGCUGGAGAAGCUUUAUGCUCUGCUGGCUCAGUGCAUCUACAGACACAGAAAUAACUACAACAAGACAGAGCUCAUCAAGGAAAUGAAGACAGACAUCGACAGCUUCUCCUGAGUUAUUCUAAUAAAACCCUUGUUUAUUUAAAAUGUAAUGUUGUUAGAUGCUCAUUUUUACCUAAAGGUACGUUCACGAAACACAUCCAAACUCCAAAAUACCUCAAUAUUUAUUCUCUGAGAUGCUUUUAUUCAUAUUUAUUCUUGUGACUUAUUUUUGUUGAUAAAAUUAUUUAUGAUCAUGCAGUGUUAAUUUAUUUAUUUAAUCAUGAUGUGACCUUUAAUAAAAGUGCAAAGGG